CGCGACCGAAUCUGAACUCUCCGCUGUGUGUUUAUCUCUGUCUUUGUAUCGGGAGUAGAGUCCUUUUGGGAAAGUUAGACGUCGGUGUGGUUGGGAAGACGCGUAGAUAUGUGAAAGAUUCCUCACCAGUAACAGGAAUACUUAGUUGAUCCACAAAAUUGUUUGGCCAGUAUCAACGUGGCUGUCCUUACUCAGAUCUAAAUUCCCAGGCUGAAAAUUCUCUAUAAACUAUCACAAAGAUCAUCACUCUGGUCACACCUUCCACCUUGCCAUGAACAGAAGUGUGAUGGCUCCACCAGCAGGUGGUAAAAAUUUUAUCAUUCCGACUUCCCUGUUGGAUGAUAUUAUAAGCCGGUUUAUUUACGAUGCCCCAGAGUCAGAGGUGAAGAAGCCCAUCUCGCUGUGCUUUCUGAUGGAAAUGGCCUAUUGGUUCUACCUGGAUGAAUAUGUUGAAGAAGAUGACUCACUUAACAACAUCAAGUUUGAUCUCUUUGCUCAACAGUUACUCAGUCGUGCUGGGAUCAAACCUGAGUCGGGCAGUGUGGAGGACAUGUUACAGGGCUUCAGAGAUUUCAAACAUCGCGUGCCAACAUAUGGUGGCCUUCUUUUAAACCAGGACCUAAGUCAUGUUCUCUUAGUUCAGGGUUUCUGGCAUCGAGUUUCUUGGGGAUUUCCAAAAGGGAAAAUUAAUGUGGACGAAGAACCACAUUGCUGUGCCAUUAGAGAGGUUCUAGAAGAAACUGGAUAUGACAUAUCGCACCUCAUUGACGAAAAUGUCUUCCUGGAGACAUCCAUUGGCGAGCAGUUUGUGAGACUUUACAUCAUCCCAGGUGUACCAAUGGAAACUGAGUUUGUACCACGCACAAAGGGAGAAAUCAAGCAACUGAAAUGGUUCCCAAUUCACCAGUUGCCAGUACACAAAUAUGAUAGAAAUUUUAAUAAACUCAACGGGUCUACCAAUACGUUUUAUAUGGUCAUGCCUUUUGUCAAACCCUUAAGAGAAUGGCUUGCAAAUCGAACUCGAGCAUCCAAUGGGAACGGGAAUGGCCGAGAGGGCCGGCGACGCCACCGCAGCUCAACUACCAGUACCUCGGAUCGCCAGAAUUACAACCAGCUCCACCACAGUCAUUCCCCAGCUGCUACUCAAGAUGCAAUCAGGAAAGCAACACCUGAUACAUCUAAAAAGCAACAAAAUUCUGCAUUUUCCUCCCUGAUACAGGAAGAAAUUGAAGGUUAUGAACGCCUUAAAGCAGACAGUUCACCUCGGAGGAAAGAGAUGGGUGCCAAGCCAAAAACAAGGAAAUCUCUGUUUGAUGAAACCCAGGAGGAAACCCCAAAAUUCACAUUCAGAAGCAGAGGGAAGGGCCGGAACAAAGGUGGUCCAACUGACAGCAUGGGGGGAGAGGCAGUAUCCAAGGGCUUCCGAUCUUAUUCUUGGCAGAUAUUCCAAAUUAACAAGAAGGAGGUCUUUGAAGCAGUGGACAGAGUGUGGGCAGAUGUGAUGUUGUCCUGGUAAUAAAGGGAGAAAAACAAGCCCUUAUUUGCUCAUGAGGUCAGGCACACUUAGAAGCAUUCCCCUCUGGAAAGAACGUGCACAAUUUUUUUCCUAACUUUCUCUUUGUGUAUUUCUUCGUAGUGCUUAUUAUCUCGUUUUUUUAUUUUAGGAAUUGGCGUUGUUACAUCUUUUCAUGUUAUUUUGUAAUGACAAGUGAUGUCACUUUUUUUUUUUUUUUUUUUUUUUUUGAAAUCGCAUAUUAUUUUCUCAUCUCAUCGUUUCACAUUGUCUAUCUGUCACUUAUUUUUUUACGCUCCAUUCUGAGGAAUUCCACAGAAGUUUUGAUUUCUUUUGAGGUAUUUUUUCCCUUCAUUUUAUCAAGAUCAAAAUAUUAUACUUUAAUAUUAUUUAGUGUUUUUUUUGUAAAAAAUGCUCAUGUAGAUACAAAUGUAUUAACAAAGCUUUAAUUAUGACUUGUUUGAGAGGUUUCCUAAAUUAGAGUUUUAAUGACUAAUUUGCAUGAAUGUUAGGAUCUUCCCAAGUAAUAACAGUGAGUCCAAACUGUCUCAAAAUAUGUUGUUACUAUUUUUAUUUGGAUUUUAGUACAAAUGAUUAAAGGAAGGAUAUAAACAAAGUAGUUGAAGUUGGAGUACUGAUUGAAUUUCAGCAUCUUUACUAUGUCCUCUUCAUUUCUGUUUCAGUUUUUUUUCACAAGUAGGUGAUAUUUUAUUCUCAUGAUCAGAAUUUAUGAAUUAAAUUGUGUUUCUUUAUGUGUAUGUAAAGUCAUAGCAGAAGUAUAUGAUUGUAACUUUUUACAUGUGCAAUUUAUUUAGGAGUAUUUUAUAUACAAAUUAUAUUUCUUCAUGCUCUACAGUAUGAUCUUGUAACUCAACUUUUAAAUCCUUUUUUUUUUCUAAUGGAAACAACCAUUUCUGAUCUCAUUAAAAUUACCUCACCUCUUGAUUUGGCUUCAUUUUCUCAUAUGCACUUUUAUUGAUGAAGAAGUUAGAAAUGAGAAUGAAUGGUUACACAAUUUAAGAUGUCUAUUUUAUUCUUCAGUAUUACAACUUUAUCAGAAUUAUAUAAUUCUGAUGAAGAUGCAAUUUCAAAACCAAACUUGUGUUUCUUAGAUUUUGUCACUAUUUGUUUUCAUUCAUUUCCUCUUCUGUAUUUGUCACAAUGAACUCUGUUCAGCAAGUUUACAAAAUCUUUUAUUGUUCUGCUUGUAAGUUUAUUUUUGAUGUAUCAACCAUAUCCUGACUUAAAAAUUUUGGUAAUUAUCUGACCAGUGUUACCCAGUGGUAAGUUAGGGGAACAGAAAUUGGUGGAAGAAAUCCAGCGUAAGAUUAUUAUUUUUUUUAAUUUGAUAAUACAAAAGCUGGUGACUGAACAUGGUCCUGUAAUGUUGUUUCUGAAAGUAAGGACACUGACAUUUACUUUUGAAUAUCAGGACAUAUAAUGUGAUCUUGACAUGGAUUACUGGAGAACUUUUCUUCUGCACUGUCAGUUUUUUGCUAUUCUUAAAUAGUUUAUGGUCAAUGCAUAUAUGGCUAUAUGACAUGCAAGAAUUGUAUACAAAAGAAGUUCUUAUAUUUUGGUAUUAUUUUGAGUUGUGUAUCAUAUGAACACUAAGAGAAAAGUCAAAAGAAAUUAUAUUUUCUAGAUGGCAGUAGGGGUUCAGAUUUUCAAUCACCUUUUCAAAAUACCAAGUUUUGUUGGAGCAUAUCUAGUCCAUUAUGAAGACUAGGCUGUUAUGAAGACUUGAGUAAUAGGACACAUGCCUAUGCUUUGAAGUGCUGUGAUAUGAUUCUGCACAGGUUGUUUUUGAUUAUAGAGUAUACUCAACACUGUUGUCUUUCAUUUUGGGAUGCAAAUUUAAUUCCCCCUUUUAAGAAAUUAAAGAUGAUGGGCCAGGGCCAUGAUACAAUGCUCUUUUUUGUCAAAAGUUACUCUGUGGUGUCAUAUGAUGAAUUUAAUAAACAAGUGAGAUUAAUGAGAUUGGUAGUUUAAAUGACAACUGCCCCUAAAGUGCCAUCAAUAUAGAACAUUAAAUUUAAUUUUGAGAAAGUGCAGAAGCACUCCAUCUCCCAAAGCCCAACCCUAGUUCCUCUCUUAAUUAAGCAAUGUCUACAACAUUAAUUCAGUCUUAUUCAGUCAUUAUCUCUCUCUCUUUCUUGCUUUCUCUCUUGUUUAGUUAUUCUCUUUCUUGCUUAUUUCUUCUCAGUUUUUUAUUCAUUCACUGCUCUUUUCUGUAUUAUUUUGUCUCCCUUUCCCAUUCACUCAAUAUUAUUUAUUUACUCUUACUCUCUUUUUACCCCUUUCUUUUGGUAUUUAUUUCUCUCAUUCAUGUCCUUUUGCCCUAUUUCCCCCCUUCAAUCUUCCUGGCAGGAACCACAGGCAUCAUUAGCUUCUGACCAAAAGUCUAUAGCUCAGACAGAUUAAUUCCAUUCUGAAUUUGCUUUGAUGUACCUCAGCUGCUUCUGCUAUGUCUGUGUCACUGUAGGAAAAAAUAAACAGAACUGAGAAGGAAUCAGUUUAUUCUGCAUCAGGCUCAUAUGUUCUUUGUGUAAUUCACUUUUGCGUCCUGGAUGCAUUUUAAGGGCAAUUUCUGUCAAAAUUAGUUAUCAGAUUAUUUUUUUUUUGUUAAUGAGUAUUAGCAGAUGCAACCAAAAAAUAGAUUUUGGUAAAAUAAGAAUGAGACUGACCAUCAUCUUUAACCCAAUUGGCAUGGAUGGCAAGAAUACAUGCCAUGCCCACUGUAAUAUAAGAUUACUAAAUUGUAUUUACACAUAGAUGGCUCUCUUAAUCACCAAGGAGUCAGUUAUUAGUCCUACCUAUCUCAUCUGUUUACCCUUUUCAUUGACUUUUGAAUAGCAUCUUUUGUAUUAUUUCAUUGUCUUGAAAGUUACCAAGAUUUAGAUAACAAAUUAAUAAUCAUAGCAUCAAUAACAAUAAUAACAGUAUUGAUAUCAACUGUAUUAAAAAGAAAAAGAUAUUUUCUCACCAAUUCAAGGAAUGGGGGAAAUCAGGAUCAGGUCACUAGGGCAUACUGAUAGACUGCUGGCUGAGCACAUGUAUAGCCAUCUGUAUGUAACCAAAUUCUGUGGUGGUUGGGUUAAAACAUUGAUAUUUGCAUUGGAAGAAAGUUUGGUAAAGCAUACAUUUCUAUUCUCCUAUUUAUUUAUCUAUUUAUUUAUUACUUAUUUACCUUGUUUGCAAUCUAGGAAAUUAUGAAAUGUAUUUUGUUAAAUAAGACAUUUCUUGAAAUUGCUGAUAUGCGGUUGCUUAAAUAUUGCUAUUACAUACAAAAGGGAUCUGUUAAUCUAUGUUUAAUUCUUCUUUUAUGUUUAUUUGUUGCAAAGGAAAUGCAAAAGUUUGUACAUUGAAUUCAUACCACUAAAGUGUUGGCAAGAAGUUUAUGGGAGCAAUGAAUUUGUGUUUAUGAAUGAAAAAGUGAAAGUGUGAUGGAUUCUUUAUUGUUCUGAGAGAGUGAAAAGUAAGAGUGAAGAAAGAGUAAGAGUGAAAGUAGAGAAAAAGUGAAAGUACAAGAGGGAAAGCAAUGUUCCCUAAUUGUUCAUUUGAAUAUUGGAGUUCCAAAAGUGGUGAAUGUGGAAACCUGAUUGUAGAAUUACUUAUUUGUGCAAGGUCAGUGCUGUGCAAACUAACCUCAUACUUGAGUGUGAUUUCUCAAAUGUAAUACUUGAAACUGGAUGUUUUGAUUACACGGCAGUGUGUAUUGGAGGAAUGUACAGCUUCAAAAUGGGUGAAACAGCUCUUCUCUGCAGUUGUAAUUGUAGAAUAUAAGAUUGAUUAGAAGUGUUUGCUUUUAGAAGAAACAAAAUUAGGUGAGCAUUUAGGUUUAGCUUUUCUCCAAUUGCUGAUAGGGCUAAACACCAUCACAGAGGUUGAAGAAUCCUGUGCUUGAUAAUUCCAAUAUUUUACAAAUGCAUACAUGCAUAUGCGCAUGUGCGCGCGCGCGCGCCCACACACACACACACACACACACACACACACACACACACACACACACACACACACACACACACACACACACACACACACACACACACACACACACACACACACACACACACACUCUCUCUCUCUCUCUCUCUCUCUCUCUCUCUCUCUCUCUCUCUCUCUCACACACUCAC